AUGUCGCGUCCUCUCGUUGUUGAUAUCCACACCCAUGUGUACCCUCCUGCGUACAUGGCGAUGCUUCGCGCUCGCAAGGAGGUACCGUAUGUCCAUGAUCCCGCCAACAGCGCAACACCUCGUCUAAUCAUCCUAUCGUCCGACGACGACCCUUCCAUUCCAAUUGAUGAGCGGGGUCGUCCCGUGGACUCUUCAUACUAUGAUAUCAAUGUCAAGCUUUCAUUCAUGAAGCAGCACGGUAUCGAUUGCAGCGUAAUCUCCCUCGCCAACCCAUGGCUAGACUUCUUGGCUCCCGACGAGGCUCAAGAAUGGGCGAAGCGGAUCAACGAUGAUUUAGAAUCUACUUGUUUACAAGUGAAUAGUGACACCUCUUCCUCGCAAAAGAAGCUCUUCGCUUUUGGCACAUUGCCAUUAAGCGCUCCCAAUCCCGAGGUGAUCACCAACGAGAUCAAACGGCUCAAAACCCUUUCCCAGAUCCGCGGCGUGAUCAUGGGUACCUCUGGGUUAGGCAAUGGCCUUGAUGAUCCUCUUUUGGAUCCAGUUUGGGCUGCGCUCGAAGAAACCCAGCAGAUGAUGUUUCUGCACCCGCAUUACGGUCUGCCUGACGAGGCCUUUGGGGGAACUGAGACGACAAAUCGCUACGGCCAUGUUCUUCCUUUGGCGCUGGGCUUUCCACUCGAGACGACCAUCGCUGUGACCCGAAUGCUGCUUUCUGGUGUCUUCGACCGCUUUCCCAAGCUAAACAUCCUGCUGGCUCAUUCUGGUGGGACUCUCCCAUUCUUGGCAGGCCGGAUCGAGAGUUGCAUUAUGCAUGAACGGCAUUUCAUAGCGAAUGGUGGCUCUACACCUGGUCCCGUCCGAAGUGUCUGGGAUGUUCUGCAAACCAAUGUCUACCUUGAUGCGGUGGUAUAUGGCACUGCUGGACUAAAGGCGGCUGUCGCAGCAGCUGGGGGGAGUACAGAUCGUCUCAUGUUUGGAACUGAUCAUCCCUUCUUCCCGCCGCUUAAUGAAGAGGAUGAGAAGUGGGCCAGCGUCACUACAAACUACAAGGCCAUUCAGGAUUCAUUUGGUGAUGAUAAGGGUUCAGUGGCUGCAGUCCUCGGUGGAAAUGCCGCCCGUGUUCUUAACCUAAACUAG